UAACGUUUGUAUCUGUGAACUCUUAUUAGCACUUACGUCGAGUACGUGAAGGCACCAUGGGCCUGGGUUCUCCUUCUACGUCAACCACACUGGGCGGUUCAUUUGUGGUGUCUUGAAGUGGGAGGACCCAUCUUCACCAACCAGCAAGAAAAAGACCUACGAGGAGCGAACGAUCCAGAGCGGCGCGAGCAUCCAUCAGUGGAGACGUGCGGGCCAACGGCAGCCGUGCAGCGGGGAGGACAGCUAGCGCCAACCUAGCUAGACUUAGUGUCGGCAACCCCGUAUCCAGAGAAGGGAGAGCCCUAUUUGUGAGCCAUGGGCUUCCGUAAGAAGAACAAGAGCCCGCCGGUGCUGAGCCACGAGUUUGUGAUCCAGAACCACGCCGAUAUGGUUUCAUGUGUGGCCAUGGUUAUCCUCCUCGGCCUGAUGUUUGAGGUUACAGCAAAGUUUGCCAUCAUGUUUAUCACUGUCCAGUACAACAUUACACAAGUUCCCGAAGAGAAGAGCGAGCCAGUGAACCUUUACCAGUACGGCCCUAAAGAUGUGGCCACUGUGUUCUUCUACCUGCUUAUUGCGGUCAUCCUUCAUGCUUUGAUACAAGAAUAUAUUCUCGAUAAAAUGAACAGAAGGUUGCACCUGUCCAAGACCAAACACAGCAAAUUUAACGAGUCUGGACAGCUUGCAGCGUUCUACCUCUUCUCGUUCAUAUGGGGCUGCAGCAUCUUGACAUCGGAGGACUUUGCAACAAAUCCCACUUUCUUAUGGGAGGGUUACCCUCACACUCACAUGGUUUUUCAGGUCAAGUUCUUCUACAUCUGCCAAAUUGCCUAUUGGCUCCAUGCUCUUCCUGAACUGUACUUCCAAAAAGUACGGAAGGAAGACAUCCCCCGCCAGCUCUAUUACAUUUGCCUUUACAUUGUCCAUAUCACUGGUGCCUAUGUCUUAAACCUCCACCGACUGGGCCUGGUCUUGCUGGUCCCUCACUACCUGGUGGAGCUCCUGUUCCACGCUUCACGCCUCUUUUACUUCAGUGAUGAAAACAAGCAGAAGGGUUUUACUCUGUGGGCACUACUUUUUGUCAUCGCUCGCCUCCUAACCCUCACUCUUUCAGUUCUGACAUUUGGCUUUGGACUGCCCCGCACAGAAAACCAGGGCUUUUCUCUGGCCGAAGGCAACUUCAAUGUGCUCACUAUAAGGAUGACUUGUCUGGCAGCUAUCUGUCUGACACAGGCUUGGAUGAUGUGGAAAUUCAUUAACUUCCAGCUAAAAAAGUGGAGAGAGCACAGCCAGAAUCAGGCCUCAAAGAAGAAGAUGGUCAGUCCAAAGAGCAAGCCUCACAAAAAGGAACCAACACGGGGUGGUGCUGCCAAUGGGGUUGUGAAGUCUGAAGAUAAAACAUCACCCCGGGCAAGAAAAUCCAAAGCUUCGUAGAGAUGGAAGGAGAAAAACGGAGGGUAGACUACGUGAGAGUGUGACGUUUUGUCUCUUAAACAGCUGUAUAAGCGCUCUGAGAAAGCUUACGUAGUUCUCCCUUUGCGGUCGAAACGCCCUUUUGAAAAAUAUUCAGUGUUACUGUCUGCUAGAGAUGUUUAUUAUUGUGGGUUCUCUGCAAACGGGAUGUGGGCAGAACACAGCUGGUUUGAUGCUUUAACGGGAUAGAUUUAACUAUUUAAAGUGUCCUUUUGUGUAAAAACUGCGAUCACUCUUUGGGUUCUAUAAGCCCGAGUUGCUCUAGAGUAAUUAGAUAGCAAAUCGGUUAACUUCACAUUAACUUUUAAAAUGUGAAUUUACACUUCAGGGCAACUUAUAAUGUACAGAUACAUUGCACAGCUUGGCAUUUCAUUUAAAGUCAGAAAACAAGCUUAAGUCCCAAAAUAAAGCACUUCAAUAUUCAGCUGUUGUCGGGAAUAGAUCCUACAUGAGUCACUCCAGGAAUAUUUGUGCGAUUAAAUUUUCCACAUAGCUGCAACUAGGAAACGUAACAUUGUAUUUAACUGUGACCAUUUACUGCCAUUAUUUCACAGCCUCUGCCUAUGAAAUCCAAGAUUCUUUGGGUUUGAGGCGCUUUUGCUCAUAGUUUGAUAAUCGGUCUGUUCCUUGGGGCACAUCCAGGUUAGGUGACUUAACUGAGAUCAAGCUGUACUGUAUACACACACUUAAAUCUUUAUAAUGGCAUGAUUGCAAUCCUGAACAAGAAGACGUUGUCUGAGGCUGCAUUUCAGUCUUUUAUAUGGUCAUAUUAAUGCAUGAGGGUUGAAGGCUAAAGACGAUAGCUAGUUCCUACUUGUGCCGUUGAGUUUGCAUCUCUCUCACACACAGCCACACACACAUAUGUGAACACACAAGCAUUUGGUGGCCUUUUUUACAACUGCUGCAAGAGGUUUGGGUUAUUUAUUUUUGUCAUAUACUACGGAUAGUUGUUAUUUUAUAUGCUUUGAGAGGCUAUAACCAGCAAACAAAGCGCCACAUAGCAACUGCAUUUAGUUAAUCCAAACAAUACAAUCUUUCUUAAAGUGUCCUUAUAACAUUAGUGGUGUAUGUCACUUGUUCUGCUUGUGUUGCAUUUCCUUUGCCUUCUGUGUCAACCUUUAUGUUUUAAUGUAGGGUAUCAGGGGUUAAGCUUUUUACCACUCUGUAUGUGUGCGUGCGUGUGUGUGUGUACACGUGUGUGUGUGUUUGUGUGUAUUGCUUGUCUCAUAAAAGAAAAAUACUGGCUGUGUGCAGAGCAAUGUGACAAUCUGUUCAUUGACUCGCACCAUCUGUAUUUUACAUUUAUCCUCUUUUCAUUUACUUCAGUCUGGCCUUUCUCGGUUCCCAUCAUGUUUUGCGUGUUUAAAAAAAAAUAAAAAUCUGAGUUGUGAAUAAAUGUAUGUUUCGCUAUUAGUUACUAAAUGCUUAUCUGUUUGAUGUCUCAGCCCUCAAAUGCCCUAACCUGUGUGAGAGAGAAUUGUGAUCUCUGUAAUGUUUUUCCUGCGACACCUUUUCAAUGAUUGUGACAUUGCUGUGGAGCACACAAAUUGAACAUUUUUUUUCCCAUCAAGUCCUGCUCUGCUACUAAAUGCUGUGCAUGUGAAGCUCUGUACUGAAAAGCCUGCACUACUUGUCAUUGGAAAGAGUUUGAAGCCUUGGUGUAGAGCAGAGAGGAGGUAACGAUGCCGUUGUUGUUCCGCUCCCUUUAGCGCUCCUUGUGGGCCCUUUGGUGGCCCUUUUUCUGUACGUAGCAGUGUCAUAGGAGGGAAGGAGGAUCAGAUGACUUAUGUACCAGCCUGUUAUUUAACUGUCUCAGAUAUAAAAAAGAAACUUAACCCAACACUGUUCUAAAAGUUGUCAGAUUUUUAAGCUAUUUUUAUAGAGGGGAAAGUGUUGUUCAGUACACAUGUGAAUAUAUGUUUUGCAUCCAUAUUGAUAUGAAUUGCUUUUUUUUAUAUCAGAAUGAAGCUUGCUGAACUGGUGGCGUGUGUAUACGUUGUAGUAUGAGUGUAAACAUUUAGUUCAAUGGUUCCUUUUAACUUUAUGGCCUUAUUAGAGCAAAGUGAACUUGGUUGUAUAACGGUGCCCUGUUAAACACCAUGCUGCUGGUGUGUGCAUUGCAGCUACAUGUUCCCUGAUGGUGAAUGACGCGAGUCAGCCUCACAUCAGUAUCAAUAUGUGACCAGCGGAGCCAGUGGUCGGCGUAUCGUUUGAUUUGUUUCCGUCCUCCAGACGUUUAUCAGUACUUGUGGCUUAGAUGUAGUAUUAACAGACGUUUCACAGAGCGCAAACAUCUGUCAACGUUUCCCAUCCGAUGCCACGCUGUGCAAAAAUCAGCUGACUUUAGCCUCCUGGUAGAUGACGACCCCCCUCGCUUUGAGACACAAUAGCCUGUAUAAUCCCACAGGAAUGCACUUUGUUUUCGCACAGUAUGCAUUAAUGUCAGAGCACUACGACACCGCUCACUAUGGGCUGUUUUUGCAUUGAAUAUUUACAAGGUAACAUUGGAAUCGCUCAUUUAUACUGUGCAUUUUGUAAAAUUUAGAAAAGUGCAGCAUAUUAAUCUGAGCAUCCUCUAGGUGGCAUCAAUCAAUGCAUUUAAUCGUGAGAUCCCUGCACAGCUCACAUUACUGUAUUCUUUUGGCUAAUUUUGCGUUGUCUUAUUUUUCUUGCUUGUUUAUAAAUGUUGCGAUAUAUUUCCAAUAUGUUGUCUCUGAACUGCUCUGAUGGUAUAUAUUUAUGCAAAUACUUGCCAGUUCUGAAUACUUUUGUCACUUUUUUAUGUCAUGUUUAAAUAAAGCUUUGGAUCAUUAAAUAAA